GGCCGGUGGGCGUGGGGAGCAGGGGCCCCAGGCGCUCUUUGCAGGACGCUGCUCGCCCGCCGCCGCGGGAGGCUCCUGGAGGCGGAGGCGGAGCCGGCCGCGGGGAGGAGGAGCCCGGGCCGCCUCGGGGAGCGGGGACACGAUCCUGCGCUUAAAACCCCGAGCCAGGGACGAAGCCCGGCACCCCGGCGGGCGGCGAGCUGCGGGAGCGGCCUCAUGGGCGAGAAGCGGAUCCUGUGCGUGGGGCUGGUGGUGCUGGACAUCAUCAACGUGGUGGACAAGUACCCGGAGGAGGACACGGACACCAGGUGCUUGUCCCAGAGAUGGCAGCGUGGAGGCAAUGCGUCCAACUCCUGCACCGUGCUGUCCCUGCUCGGAGCCCCCUGCGCCUUCAUGGGCUCCCUGGCCCCGGGCCACGUUGCUGAUUUUGUCCUGGAUGACCUCCGCCGCUAUUCCGUGGACCUUCACCACACGGUCUUUCAGACCACGGGCUCCGUCCCCAUCUCCACGGUCAUCGUUAACCAGAGCAGCGGCAGCCGCACCAUCCUCCACGCCCACAGUUUCCUGGUGGCUGACUUCAGGCAGCGGGGUGUGGACGUGUCCCAGGUGGCCUGGCAGAGCCGGGGAGAGACCCCGUGCUCUUGCUGCAUCGUCAACAACUCCAAUGGCUCCCGCACCAUUGUGCUCUAUGACACGAAUCUGCCAGAUGUCUCUGCUGCGGACUUUGAGAAGGUUGAUCUGACUCGGUUCAAGUGGAUCCACAUUGAGGGCCGGAACGCGUCGGAGCAGGUGAAGAUGCUGCAGCGGAUCGAGCAGCACAACGCCCGGCAGCCCCCGGGGCAGAGGGUGCGGGUGUCGGUGGAGGUGGAGAAGACCCGAGAGGAGCUGUUCCAGCUGUUCGGCUACGGAGACGUGGUGUUUGUCAGCAAAGAUGUGGCCAGACACCUGGGGUUCCAGUCAUCAGUGGAGGCCCUGAGGGGCCUGUACAGCCGUGUGAGGAAAGGGGCCACGCUGGUGUGCGCCUGGGCCGAGAAGGGCGCCGACGCCCUGGGCCCCGACGGGCAGCUGCUCCACUCGGACGCCUUCCCGCCGCCCCGCGUGGUGGACACCCUGGGGGCCGGCGACACCUUCAACGCCUCCGUCAUCUUCAGCCUGUCGCAGGGACGGAGCAUGCAGGAGGCGCUGAGGUUCGGCUGCCAGGUGGCCGGCAGGAAGUGCGGCCUGCAGGGCUUCGAUGGCAUCGUGUGAGGCCCGGGGGCAGCAGGCGUCCGCUCACGCCCCCGUGGGGGCCAGUAUCACCGGCUGCUGCCCCUCCCCUCUGUCCAGCCCGGCCUCGGGGCUGCCCCGCUCCUGGGCAGAUGCUGGCCGUGGGAGGGCUCUGCCUGCACCGGGUCCUGCAUCUCACACCGCAGAGCCACGGAGCAAAUAAACCUGCUUCCCAGCGCCCGCGUC